AUGUCGGUGACAGUCUGCGCACCAUCGCCACCCGGUCCAGUCAGCCAGCGGAGGAAUCUGGCCGGCAAAAGGACAAAUUCACUGGGAUGGGCCAAGACCGAUUGUCACACUUGUGCCGAAAAGCAACGCAUCUGCGAUCGUCGUCGCCCCAAAUGCAGCGCUUGUCUCGAAGACGGUGGGAUAUGCGGCGGCUAUAUCCAAGCGUUGAAUUGGGAGCGAGGGACUCUUCGACUGGGCACAUCGAAAUUUAAAUCAGCCGCUCAGAGAAAGUCCUCGCCCGAAGAAACUUCGCCGACCCCGUCACAGUCCCAGUCUCAGCCGCCAUUGCCCCAGCCAUCGGCAUUCGUCUUUGUCGACCAGACACAGUCGUCAGAGAAGCCGAGGAAGAAGGCGCGCAAGAAUUCAAAGUCAAGCAUGUCGAUCGCGACCCCGCUGGACCGGUCUGCGCGCUCGUCCGUGUCAUCGACGUGGAACUCUGUCGGUCCGGCGUCCCCUUCGACACCUUGGUCUCUGACAAAAAGCACGACGCCGCUCUCGACGACAUACGAAUCGCACUCCGACGCCGUCCUGUCCUUGUCUCCUCGAGUGUCACGGCCACCGGUGGAGGACGCGUUGGCCUUUUUCCACUCCCGCUUUUCCAAAACCACACUCACCUGGGACGUGCCCGUCAACCCGUGGCAAGCGGCGCUUCCUCAGAUUCACGACGGUGUGCCCUGCGUGCUCUACGCGGCAAUCGCACUCGCCCAACGGCAACAGGCACAUUUAUGCAACAGAGCCGAGGGCCUCGGCGUACUCAAUCUCAAGGCGAAAGCGCUGUCGGUUUUCGCGACUCACCUCAACGACCUCUCCUUCGAAUCGGCCAUCUCGACGACCCUGUUACUGAUAGCCUUGGACUAUGCCGAGUCCGGGGUGUCCAACUGGACGAUCCACCUCCGCGGGGCUCUCAACGUCCUGGAGUCCAGCGGCGGCAUACGGGUGGCCGAGUCACGACAGAACCUCCGAAGCCAGAUCGCGAUGCUACUGUGGUACGACGUCACCGCGGCCAUGCUGUCGCGUUGUCCGCCAAUAUUCCCCCGGCGGUACCUCGAGUCGUUGAUGUCGUGGCAGCGCGAGACGGAAUGGAGCAUGCUCGGACUCAACGGGCUCCCGGACGGGAUGUUUCUCGACAUGUACGACCUGGCCAUUGCGGCGGCGCACCCCGACGCCAUCUCGGCCGAGGCCAUCACGGCAUUCGAAGUGAGGAUACUAGGGGCGUUCCCUGGAGACCGGGAAAACAGACUGCUCGACGCCAUGUCACGGGUCUGGAAGCUGGGGUUGUUGCUGUACUGUCAGCGGGUGUUGGUUCCUUUUGUCCGUGACGGUGUCGAUUUACCCACGACACGGUCGACGACGGUCGAUCCAGAGUCACCAUCACCUCCCGCCGCUGUGAUGGCGUUUGGUAUCGGAGGAUCUCGGCAGAGCCCACGACAACUCGCCCUCGAGAUUUUGGGGAUUGUCGCCGAUUUACCUCCAGACAGCAACUUUCAGAAACAAUGUUUGCUCCCGAUCAUACUGGCCUCGGUCGAAGUGCCCAACCCGUAUCUACCGUACCGCCGAGUCGCCAUCGAUUAUUGUGUACGGUGGAAGGAGAGGACGGGCAUGUGGAUCUUCGACUCGGCUUUGGAGUUCAUGAGUGGCGUAUGGUCGAGGAAUGAUACGACCAAGAAGGAGAAGAUGAUGCCAGAUGGAAGUGCCGGUGGUGGUGACGAUGUUGAUGAUCAUGACGACGAUGACAUCCGAAACAUUGUUAUGGGUGAGCAUGAAGCAGUUAUAAACGUGCCGUGGACCGAUGUAUACCCAAGGGGACUUGAGUAUGGUUUCUUAUUCGGUUGACGUUGUUGUUUCUUGUGUCCAUGGGAGUAGUUA